GGAGGAAUAGGAGAAGAGCAUGUCUAGCUGUCUCUGGGCACCUAAAUUUUUUUAAAUUUUAAGUUGAGAGAAAAUUUCUAUAUGUUGAUGGGGUGUGGAAUAAUCCGGUACUUAUAUGCCCCGUGUUAUGAUUGGAUCAGGGGCCCCGCCGCCGCCAUGUCUGGCUCGUUCGAGCUCUCGGUGCAAGAUCUCAACGACCUGCUCUCAGACGGCAGCGGCUGCUACAGCCUCCCGAGCCAGCCCUGCAACGAGGUCAUCCCGAGGGUCUACGUGGGCAACGCGUCUGUGGCUCAGGACAUCUCCAAGCUGCAAAAAUUAGGCAUCACCCACGUCCUGAAUGCCGCUGAGGGCAGGUCCUUCAUGCAUGUCAAUACCAAUGCCAACUUUUACAAGGAUUCCGGCAUCAUCUACUUGGGCAUCAAGGCCAAUGAUACGCAGGAGUUCAACCUCAGCGCCUACUUUGAAAGGGCAGCAGACUUCAUUGACCAAGCCUUGGCUUACAACAACGGCCGGGUGCUUGUCCAUUGCCGUGAGGGGUACAGCCGCUCCCCAACACUAGUCAUUGCCUACCUCAUGAUGCGGCAGAAGAUGGACGUCAAAUCUGCUUUGAGCAUUGUGAGGCAGAAUCGUGAGAUCGGCCCCAAUGACGGUUUCCUGGCCCAACUCUGCCAGCUCAAUGACACACUAGCCAAGGAGGGCAAGGUGAAACUCUGAGGUGCCCACAGCCUCUCCUGCAGAGGUCUGACUGGGAGGCCCCGGCUGCCACGCUUAGGAAACACAGUGUACCCUGCUCCCAGUGUCACAAGGCACUAGCCCAUAUGUCUGUCCCAUUGUGGCCCCGGGCCGCUCCACCCUUAGGGAGCAUUUGAAGAAGCUUGCUGAGGAGGCCUUUCUUGCUCCUUGGCGAUCCUUUCCUGCAGUUUAUGUCCUUUCCCUGAGGUGGGGGCUCAGGGAGGAAGCCUGUGGCAUAGAUACAUCUCAGUGACCCAGGGCAGGAGGCCUGUGAGGGUUCAAGGGCCUGAGCCACUCACGGGCUCUCCUGGUGAACCCCUCCCCACCUGGGUUCCCCUGAGUGGCCUAACACAGUGACCCUGCUACAGGAUUUAUGCACAUGCAGGCUCUGCUUUCCUCACGUCUGUCACUGGUCCUCACAGCCCACCACACCCUCUUAGGCAGAGGUGUGACAAGAGUUCUGAAGCAGCGUAGAGAUGGGUUAUUUGUGGCUGGAGUUCCCCAAAGAGGCUGCAUCCCCAGUAUUUCCUUAGAAUCAAAGAUACUAUGCAGGGGCCCUUGGGUUAGCACAUCAGUUUUUCCUUUAGGGCUCUCCUGAUUCUUUGGAAUGUUUAAAGUGCGCCUCUUUGGGGAUCUUACGUUAUCUGCUGCUCCGGUGCCUUCCCUGUGGAUGGCUCUACUCCUUUGCUUGUUAGAAGAGCAAUGCCUUGGGCAGGGUUUUACUUCUAUUUUUUAAGAGUACAGGGUGUUGAGGUCCAGCCUAUUAAAGCAACAACAACAACAACCAAAAAAAAAAAAAAAAAAAAAAAAAAAAAACCCAACCCACCAUUCGGAGAAUUGCAAGGGUUUUAUCCUGAAUUAUAGUGUGGGUGAGCCCAAGCCAUCAUACUAACUGCUUGUCAUCCUGGUUGCUAUUCUAAGAAUAGGAGGAGGAAGUUGGCCAAUUACAGAUCAUGUUGGUGGGUGUGUGCAUGGGUGUGAAGGGGGAAGGGGGCUGUCCCCUCGGGGACAGAAGGGAAAUGAAGGGUCCCUGUGUUCACCCUGCCCAUUUAUGGGUGGUUCUGAUGGUUCUGUGGUGUCUGUGCAGGAGCCCUGCAGUGACUCGCUGGGCAGAAAUGAGACUUGAUGUAUUAUCCCAAUAGACCUCUCCUUUAUUGGAGAGAGAGAAAACAAAGAAAUAACCUUUUAAAGGACUUUCUAAGGAUGGCUUGGAAAUGUGCUGGACCUCAUGUGUGUACAUAUCUGCCAGAGAUUGAACACAAUCUUCUUGGGACUUUAUGUUCUUGUAUCCAGGGUCAUACAGAGCAGAGUGGUGGCACUUAGCCAGCACCCCAGUACCUAGCACAUGGGCAUCUCAUAAAACCCUGUUUUUAUGAGAACUGGAGCUGUUUGAGUACCCCGUGUGUAUAACGUGUUGUCAUGGGGCACCCGGAUCCCAGCAGCCUGCAUGCCAUAGGAUAUCUUGCCAGAGUUUGCAAAGAAAUCUUACUUGGAGAGAAAGAAAUAUCAGGGACUUUUGUUGAAUGUUUCAAGUUCAGCUUUCAGUGGAGAACUCAGCAGUAUGGACAGUGAGGAGUGUGCCUUUUCCAGAGCUGCUGAGCCUGGGGAAGCAGGUGCAUCUCAGGGCCUCACUCCCGGGGUAAAAGCAGGGGCAGAGCUGUGCAGCCUGGAUUUUCACUGUCUCCUAUCCUGUGUGAUCACAGCAGCCCUAGACACAUGGGACCAUUCAUCUUCUUUUUCCAGAAUGAAACGGCCAUAGCCAAACUGUGUACCUCACUCCAUAAUUUUCAAGUGGCUUUCUUGAUUCUUCUGAUUUUCAUUUCAUAAUAACCCCGUAAAGUUGACAGAACUUACCUGUGUGUUGUUAUGAGAGAAAAGCAAAAUAAAUAAAUAAAAGUUAAAUUAAAUUAAAAAAAACCAUCUGGGGUAGCAGGGCCUGGUAGCACGUGUCUACAGUCCCAGUUCAUGGAAGUCAGAGGCAGGAGGAUCACUGCAAGUUCAAGUCCAGUGUGGUCUCAAUGUUGAGACUCCAGGCUACAAUAGCAAGAUCCUGUUUUUAAAAACCAAAAAAUUCAGAAUAAUUAAGGGUCACCCAGGUCUCUAGGGAUAAGUGGAAGUAGUUUCAGGACUGCUGCUUAGGAAAACUGGGCUGCCCUUGCCUUUGUCGCCUCUGAGACAAGCUCCCAGUGAUGUUCAAGUGCUCUGCACGCCUUUGAGCCAUCCCCAGAGAAAGAAGUAGAAGAUCGGCCCCUAAUCAGUUAGGUGACACAUGGUGACAUGUGACAAUGAACUCUGCUCUUGGAAGAGGCUGCGCUCCCCUUCUCCUGCCUUAUCUGGAUGCUGACCCCACAGGACAGCCAGUCACUUCCUUUGACUCAUAAAAAUAAAUCCAGGUUGAAAUUAAAAUGUAAAAUGGUUUCCUUCUGAACCUUCAGUAGGCUGACUGCCUUUCCAGAGGCAGGCUGUUUCCCCCGCCGUUCUAUUAUCUCGAGAACAUAGGCCAACACCAGAGGAGGGAAUUCUUUUGAGCCACACUAAGACUCUUUCGGGCUCCAACACAGAAGGUUAAGAAUCCCCCCAGUUGGCCCUUAGCACACCCCUGGGAAAUGGGCAUGAGUAAUACUGUUGUGACCAGCAGGUGGCACUGCAGCCUUUCCAGCCACAAGUUCACAUAAAGAUGCUUGUAGUAUUAAGAUGCUCAGUGUUUUAAUCAAAAUAAGCACCGAUCUUAAACAGGAGGAUAAGAUCUUUCCUCAUGGAACAUUUUCUUUUUCAUUAAAGUGGCAUCAGACUGUCCUUCCAGAUCGUGAUUCUAAUCUGAUCUUAGAGGGAGUCUCAGGGUACAGAGAAGAUUGGUGAAUGUUUAGCUUAUGUUGCUCUUAACCUUCUCCAACUGUUCGGGUAACUUGUAAGGAGUGAUUUGAUGGACAGAAAAUGUUCAGGGGAACGGGAAUGGUGGGAUAAAACAGAAUUGUCACCUGCGAAGCACAGGCAAGGACCUGAGUUCUAUUCCUGCCAUUGAGAGUGGGGGAGGAAAAUUUAAUCUCUAUUGUAUCACCAGUGUUAACACACUAUAAAACUGUAACCAAAAUAAAUGUCUUAUCUUAACAAGGAAA